UCCGGCCUGCUGCUAUGGUGAUCGAGCGCUCGGCUGACUUUGGGAAGAACUGGCAGGUGUACCGCUACUUUGCAUACGACUGCGCGGCGGCAUACCCUGCCAUAUCCCCGGGGCCCAUGCAGAAAGUGGAUGACAUCAUCUGCGAUUCACAUUACUCCGACAUAGAGCCGUCGACAGAGGGAGAGGUCAUCUUCCGAGUUUUGGAUCCAGCUUUCCAUAUUGAAGACCCCUACAGCCCCAGAAUCCAAAACAUGUUGAAGAUCACCAACCUGAGGGUGAAGUUCACCAAGCUGCACACCCUGGGAGACAACCUGCUGGACUCCCGCAUGGAGAUCAAGGAGAAGUACUACUACGCCGUCUACGACAUGGUGGUCCGGGGUAACUGCUUCUGCUACGGACACGCCUCCGAGUGCGCCCCCGUCGACGGGGCUGGGGCUGGGGAUGGAGUGGAGGGCAUGGUGCAUGGCCACUGUAUGUGCAACCACAACACCAUGGGGCUAAACUGUGAGAAGUGUCAGGACUUCUACCACGAGCUGCCCUGGAGACCAGCCAAGGGACGCAACACCAAUGCCUGUAAAAAGUGUAACUGUAACCAGCACUCAGGCUCGUGUCACUUCGACAUGGCAGUUUACGUCUCUACGGGUAAUGUGAGCGGCGGUGUGUGUGACGAGUGCCAGCACAACACCAUGGGUCACAACUGUGAACAGUGCAAGCCUUUCUACUACCAGCACCCAGAGAGGGACAUCCGCGACCCCAGCAUCUGUGAACCAUGUAACUGUGAUCCGGUGGGCUCCCUGAACGGCGGGAUCUGUGACAGGAUGACUGAUGUGUCAUCUGGACUGAUCACUGGCCAGUGUCGCUGCAAACCCAAUGUGGAGGGAGAGCGCUGUGACCAGUGCCAGCAGGCCCACUAUGGCCUGGGUGACCACCCUCUGGGCUGCCUGGCCUGCACCUGUAAUACCCUGGGGACAGUUCCUGGAGGGAGUCCGUGUCAUACAGACUCAGGAGAUUGUUUCUGCAAAAGCCUGGUCACAGGGAGAGACUGUGACCAAUGUAUGCCUCAGCACUGGGGGCUCAGCAAUGAUAUGGAUGGCUGCAGACCAUGUGACUGUGACCUGGGUGGAGCCCUCAAUAACGACUGUUCUCAGGAGACUGGCCAGUGUGCGUGUAGAGAACACAUGUUUGGCCGGCGCUGUGACCAGGUGGAGUCAGGCUUCUAUUUCAUUGCCCUGGACCACUACACCUACGAGGCCGAGGACGCCAAGUUUGGACCUGGUUUGACAGUAGUGCAGAGACCUCGCCCGCAGGACCGUAGCCCCACCUGGACAGGGAUAGGUUUUGUCAACGUUCCCGAGGGGGCCUACCUGGAGUUCUCCAUUGACAACAUCCCCCACUCCAUGGAGUACGACGUCCUCAUCCGCUACGAGCCUCAGUUACCAGACCAGUGGGAGGAGGUGUUGAUGACAGUGAUGCGGCCCAGUUUGAUUUCAGCAGACAGUCGCUGUGCCAACACCAUGCCCGAUGACGACAACCAGAUGAUAUCCCUUCAUCCCGGAUCACGAUACAUGGUGCUCCCCAGACCAGUGUGUUUCGAGGCAGGGAUGAACUACACUGUUCGUCUGAGCCUGCCCCUCUACUCUGCACUCAGUGACGUCCAGUCCCCAUAUACACUUAUCGACUCGAUUGUGUUGAUGCCCCACUGUAAGAACCUGGAGAUCUUCACUGGUUCUGUGGGAGGUGACGUGGCCACCAACAGUGCCUGGGACACGUUCCAGCGUUACCGCUGUCUGGAGAACAGCCAGAGCGUAGUGAAGACCCCGUCCACAGACAUCUGCCGCAACUUCAUCUUCAGCGUAUCUGCUCUGCUGCACCGGGGAGCUAAAGCAUGCCAGUGUGACCCGCAGGGCGCCCUCAGCACGGUGUGUGCCGCCAGCGGUGGGCAGUGCCAGUGUCGCCCCAACGUGGUAGGCAGGAACUGUGACAAGUGUGCCCCUGCCACCUUCCUGUUUGGACCCAGUGGCUGCAGACCCUGUGAUUGCAAUCCCCAGGGCUCGGAGGAUGCGUUCUGCCACGAGGCUACAGGCCAGUGUGUGUGUAUCCCCGGGGCAUACAGCCGUCAGUGUGACCGCUGUCUGCCGGGUCACUGGGGCUUCCCCAACUGUCGCCUCUGCACCUGCAACGGUCACACAGAGCAGUGCGACCCCUACUCCGGAAAAUGCCUGGGCUGCCGAGAACAGACCACUGGACACAACUGCGAGAGGUGUCUGGAUGGUUACUACGGCAACCCCGUCCUGGGUUCAGGGGACCAUUGUCGGCUCUGUAUGUGUCCGGAUGGGCCCGGAAGCGGGCGACAGUUUGCCGGUGAAUGUUACCUCGGUCUGGACUCCCCUUACCAGGUGUUCUGUGUCUGCAGCCCCGGGUACAGAGGUGCCAGAUGUGAGGAGUGUGCCCCAGGUUACUAUGGAAACCCCCAUGAGAACGGUGGGCAGUGCCAACCCUGCCAGUGCAACAACAACAUUGACAUGCUGGAUCAGGAGUCCUGUAAUGUCAGAACGGGUGAAUGUCUCAAAUGUCUCUAUCACACCGAGGGUCAGGGCUGCCACGGCUGCAAGCUGGGUUACUAUGGAGAUGCCCUCACGCAAAACUGCAGAAAGUGUGUUUGUAACCACCUGGGCACCAAUCCAGCCACGUGCCCGGUGGUGGGUGACUGCCACUGUGAUCUGGGCAGUGGGCAGUGCCAGUGUCUACCGAAUGUGAUAGGUCAGCACUGUGACCAGUGUGCCCCCGACACCUGGAACAUGGCCAGCGAGACGGGCUGCGACGCCUGCGACUGUGACCCCAACCACUCAUUUGGGACUUCCUGCAAUGAGCUGAGUGGCCAAUGCUCCUGUAAGCCUGGCUUUGGGGGUAAAACGUGUCGGGAGUGCAGAGAGCUGUUCUGGGGAGAACCUGAAGUGAAAUGCAACGCAUGUGACUGUGACCCGCGAGGCAUCGCCGAGCAGCAGUGCCACAAGGCCAAUGGUCACUGCGUGUGCGUGGAGGGCGUGUCUGGUCCCCGCUGUGACAUCUGCACCCGUGGCUACUCUGGCACCUUCCCCUACUGCGAACGCUGCCACCAGUGCUUCGCCGACUGGGACCUGGUCGUGGGUCAGCUGACCAAUCAGACCCACAGGCUGGUCAACAAGGUGAACACCAUCAAGGCCAGCGGCAUCACCGGACCCUAUAAACACACCAUAGAUAACAUGGAGCAGAGCGCCGGGGCCAUAAGAACUAUCCUGGCCCAGAACCCGGCUACACAGCCACUGUCAGAGAUACAGCAGCUACUGGAGCAGGCCACAGAUCUAAUGGAAAAGAUGAGCAACAAGCUGAACCUCACUGAGGAGGCGCUGGCCCAGGUAUCAUCUGAUGACAACAGCACCAACACCAAACUGGACUCACUCAAAGAGGACACCCAGAAGCUGGAUCGCACCGUCAAGGAUCUGCUGGACCAAGUGGAGUUCAUCAAGAACACUGACAUUCGGGGAGCGACAGACAGUGUCACCAAGUACUACCAGCAGUCUCUGGCUGCAGAUGCUCGUGCCAAUGCCUCCACUAGUGGCCCAGGUAACCCUGUGGAGAGCUCUGCCAUUUUACGGCAAGCCACAGAGGACAAGAUGAACGACACCAGGGAGGAGUUCCACAGGAGGCAGGAAGAACACGCCAAGAGACUGGAUGACCUGGCAGGACAACUGGAGACACUGGACCUAUCAGAACUCAACGUGAAGACGUGUGGCAGCCCAGCUGAUGCGUCGUGUGUGGACUCUCCGUGCGGGGGGUUGAGCUGUGUGGACUUCGAGGGGAACAGGAGGUGCGGUGGCGAAGGGUGCGGCGGUCUGGUCACCCUGGCCAAUAACGCCUGGCAGAAGGCCAAGGACUUUGACCAGGAGAUCCUCACGGCCAUGGAGGAAGUGGACAAGCUCGCCAAAAUGGUGUCGGAGGCCAAGGUGAAGGCGGAUGAGGCUAAGCUGAGUGCCCAGAACGUGCUGCUGAAGACCAACGGUACCAAGCAGCGUGUGGACCAGAGCAACGAGGAGCUGCGCAGCCUCAUCCGACAAAUCAGAGACUUCCUCACACAGGAUGCAGCGGACCUGGAGAGCAUUGAGGCAGUGGCCAACGAGGUGCUGGCCAUGCAGAUGCCCACCACACCAGCCCAGCUCCAAACCCUGACAGACGAGAUCAGGGAGAGAGUAGGAGACCUAGCCCACGUGGAGACCAUCCUUAACCAGAGCUCCGACGACAUCCAGAGAGCCGAGAGCCUACUGGAGCAGGCACGCAGAGUCAGUAAAGAGGCGACAAACGUGAGGGACACAGCAGAGAUGGUGAAGCAGGUUCUAGAGGAGGCUGAGCGUGCCCAGAGCGCAGCGGCCAAAGCCAUCAAACAGGCCACCACUGACAUCAAAGGCACCACUGACCUCCUGACCUCAGUGGAGUCGGAGACAGUGGACUCGGAGUACAAGCUGAACAACGCCACCCAGAGGCUGCUGCGGUUAGAGCGCGACGUCACGCUGCUCAGAGAGAAGACACUGAACACCUCACUCAGCUCUGAACAAACUGAAAAAGACGCAGAGAGCAUCAACAAAGUGGCUGAGCAGGUCAAAAAGGAUCUGGACUCGGAGCUGAAGGAUAAGUACAGCACCGUGGAGGACCUGAUCACACAGAAGGCCGGGGGCGUGGCCAACGCCAAGAAGAGGGCGGAGCUUCUACAGCAGGAAGCCAAAGACCUGCUGCUACAGGCCAGCGACAAGCUGCAGCUGCUGAAAGAUUUAGAGAAGUCGUAUGAGGACAACCAGAAGACUUUGGAAGACAAGGCCAACCAGUUGGUGGAUCUGGAAAAGUCCAUCAAAGAGCUUCUGCAGGAGAUCAGUCACAAAGUCACUGUCUACAGCACCUGUCUGUUUUAAACACAACCUCCAGUCCGGGGUUUUGGUCCCCCAAGCCAAAAUUAAUGGCAAUCAAGGAUAUGGGAAUUUGAAACCAGAAGCCAUUUAAAGACAUGCUCCUGAACUUUAGCGACUACUUAGUAUUUUUUAAACCUCCCGCUUUGGGCUGGAUGUGUCAAUGUGUAGUUCACACGUGCAUAAUCUAUGAGCAGAAUUACUGUCUUACCUAAACUAGCCACGACAUCCCUAGUUUGAAAGCUGUGCGGCACCAUUUUCCCAAAAUGUUCUCCCACUUGGGCCAGCCCCCUAGUCAUUUGAGUUCAACCAAUGAGCUUCAGCCCCUCGCCAUAUGAUUGACAGCUCUUUUGUUUUAUUUUGUUUUUUAUUUUAGGGGGUAUGAUUGACAGCUAGCAAGAUGCACAUGUUGCACCCACAACAGAGCAGAGAGAGCAAGCAAUGACGUGGUGCACAUAUCUGCACAUAUGUGAGGUAGUACACAAUCUUCAGUGUCCACCUUUGGCUCAUGGGCACUACUUUCAGAACUACAGGAUAAAGUAUACAAAAGUACUGGAGAAUCUAUAUAUUACUGACACUUGCCCCUUUAGACUGGACACUCAGUCACACUCCCUGGUUUCAUCAUUUAAAAUGGAAAAUGUUGGUUUACUUUUGUACUGUGUGAAAGUAAAACAACUGGCAUUUGUGUGGAAAAAGCAAGGGAUGAAAAAGUAGAAACAUGUUUCUAUUUGUAGGAAACAAGGAGAAAGGAUAAGUAAAAAUUUGAAUCCUGCCAAUGAGUUUGCCAGCCAAGUUACAGCAGCCAUCAUUGCCUAUACAAAGAGACAUGAACCACCCACAGACGUUACAACUGCCUUGUGUGGUAGUACUACUAGCAUAUGUGAGAUUGUUAUGGUUUAGAAUCACAGCUUUUAGGCAAAUUUCUCAGUGCUUACUGAUGUUUGGAAUACGAAAAACAUCCUAACAAUUUCAAAUAAAAAGGAACAUGUGCAUUGUUCUGAAAUGUUUCCAAAGAAAUGCCCCUCUAGUUUAAACAUAAUUGAACUUAAUAAUUGUUCUUAAGCAUGUAAACCAAAGUUUAGAGGGCUGAAAGCGUGACUGUAAAGGUUUGACCUAACUUUUACCAUGAGACUGCAAUGAUUUUAUUCCUCCAAACUUUUGUAUUGGAUUAUCUCGUACAUUUGAUUGCAACAUUGUAUGAGCCAAUUGCUUACUUUCAAAGUUUUAUCUAGACCACAACUAAAUGGAUUUUUAAUUAAAAAACUACCCAUAGAAAUCCCAUCAAA